AUGGCCCUUUGGCAGCUCAUCUUCCUCUUCAGGGCGUUGGCACCCGCAGCGGCCGCGACAGUUGCCGAGGAUUCCGACGAAUUCGCCAACCUCAGCCUCAUUGGGGAUCAGGUCGUUCCGCUGGACGUGGAGCCCCCUCAGAGAGAUUCGGGAGUUCUUCCGAAUCGCUCCACCCUCGCUCUGCAGUGGACGCCGCCUAGCCCUUCGCCGUCGCCGCUUCAGUUCUACGAGCUGGAGUAUGACGACGGCUAUGGGCCCAACUGGACGUCCUCCCUCAUUCUUCCGGCUGCUUACACCAGCUACGAACUGACGGGCUUAGUCCCCGGCGGUCGCUAUCGCGUGCGCUUGCGCGUGGCAACGCUGGAGGGCUGGUCUCCCUGGAGCCCAGAGGCGGGCUUCUUCGCCUGCGAGCCACCGGGGCCACCUUCAGGCCUUGAGUCUGCUUGGAACGCUGGCGGACUCCGGCCGUAUUUGACCUGGUCUGCCCCGGAGGAUCUCGGAGGUGGCUUUGGCGUGCAAGACCACCUACGCAUCGUGGGGUAUGUGCUCUGGCUGCAGCUGCCAGAGGCGCCUCCCCAAAGGAUCGCCGAAGUUCCAGGGGAGCAGACGCAAAUGGAAGUGGAUCUUCCCGAUGUGUUCAGCUCACAGUUUCUUUUCUCCGUCAAUGCCAGGAACCAGGAGUUCGAUGGAAAUCGCAGUGCAGCAUUGGACUUGGCGACAUCUGGUCCGCCAGGUGCUCCAGGCGCCCCCGAGCUCGACAACGUGUCGGAAACAGGUGUUUUUCUGUUCUGGGCACCGCCGAUGCUGCGUGAGCUGAACUGCAAUGGAGCAUUGCCUGCGUGCCGAGCAUUGCAAGCCCAGUUUGCCCGGCAAGCGUCCGAGGCCUCAGCCUACGAGCUCUACUGGGAUGCCGGAUCGGGCAGCCUUCCGGAUCAGCUCCUUUACUCUGGCAGCCUUCCCAUGGCCGAGAUUCCGCUCUCCUCUUUCUUCCCCGACGGGAACAACAUGACCCGGCUCUGCACGCAGUUCCGAGUGCGCGGCCUCAGCUCUGGUGGCGCCGGCAGCUUCAGCGACACAAGCUGGAUUGCCGCGCUGCCGCUCACUGCGCCUGGCAAUCUGAUGCUGAGCGCGCGGUCUGGCGCUGUGCACCUAUCGUGGCAGGAUCUCCCCAUGGUGUCCUGCAACUUCUGGUACGAGAUACAGGUCCUCAACGUGGCAUUGCAGACUUCGUUUUCACUCACUUCUGGCCUGGCAGAGAUCGACGUCACGGAGCUGGACCCACUGGAGCUCUACGAGUUUCGUGUGCGGACCUGUGACUCAGCUGCCUGCAGCAGCUUCUCAGCCGCUGCCUCGAUUAUUCCCACAGGUCGACCCUGGGGGCCCACAGCCCCUUACAUCGUCAACUACGACCCGGCCACCACGGAGGCGACGGUGGGCUGGUCCACUCAUCCCAACGCCACCUGGCAGCCUUUCACCCACAGCUUCCGCGUUCUGGCCGCGCCGAGCGCCGAUGCGGAGUUCUUCGAAGUGGCAAGCGUCUCUGUAAAUGCACGGCCCGAGACCACCUAUGCCUGCAACGAGACCAACUCGAGCACAUGGCCGCCCGAGGUUUACUUCAAGCUGGUGGCCGUGGAUUCCUCGGGCACCUGGAGCCUAGGCUUCGACUCUGCCACAGCGCGGCUCUUGUGCGUGGCGAGGCCGCUGGCGCCACCAAAGCCUGCGCUCUCUCUUCUACGCAGCGGCCGACGUGACAUGACAGGCGUGUUUGCAGCCACUGUGGAGUUGACGCUUGCAGGACAGACCCCCGAGACAGUGGCUCUUCACAGCGGCUGGCAGCUGCAGCUUACGAGGCUGGACGUCAGCGAGGAGCCAGAGACGACCCUCGUCACCGACACCAGCAUCGCCUCAUACACCUUUCCGGACUUGCCCCCCGGCACCCCGAUCUCUGUCGAAUACGCCGUGAUCUCACUGGCCGGCACAGGGGACCUGUCCGAACCAACGUACACCCAAGCGAACACUGCAGCACCCAAGCCGGUGCUGCAGGUUGACUGGAGCACCAAUGAGCUCGUCUCUUUGUCCUGGACCUGGUCGCCUGGGAUCGACGACGACGAACUCAUGGGUUACCACGUAUUUGCAGACUGGCGCGAUGGGACGAACUACUUCGACCCACUCCAGCCGACCUUCGGCUACAUCCCCGUCAACACUUACGUCGUGCCUCGGCUAGCCAAAACCUACAGAUUCCUCGAGCCUGAAGCCUUGGAACCCAGAGCCCGCAGAACCUGCUCGCAGCUGAGCCAGUCCUUCCAAGAAACCUGCGAAACAUGA